AUGGCCACUUACCCCCGCAUCUGCAUCAUCGUCUCGAACACGCGUUCGGAGAUUCACUUUGCCAUCGCGGAACACAGUCCGUCUGAUAUCCACUUCUGGAAACGCGGUAGAAUAGGAUCGCUUGUAGUUGAAGGUGACUGCAUUCUAGGCCAUGAAGCAGCUGGUGUAGUUUUGGAAUGUGGUGAAGGGGUCAUAAGCCUGAAGCCUGGUGACCGAGUGGCAGUUGAGCCGGGCGUUCCUUGCGAGACAUGCUUUCUUUGUAUGGACGGCCGCUACAACCUCUGCGAAGAUGUGAAGUUCUCAGGAGUUUAUCCCGAUGCGGGCACGAUCCAAAGAUAUAAGACCCAUCCUGCACGCUGGUGCCAUAUCCUCCCUUCUAAUGUCUCUUACUCCGAAGGCGCACUCCUCGAACCAUUAUCAGUUGUCAUGCACGGUAUCAAAUCGGCUGGACUCAGCUUAGGGAGAGGGGCAGUCAUUUGCGGUGCUGGCCCAAUUGGACUCAUUGCUUUGGCUGCAGCCCGUGCAAGUGGAGCGCAUCCACUUGUCAUUACAGACUUGGAGCCAAACAGACUGGCUUUCGCGAAGACUUUCGUUCCAACGGCAAUCACGUACCAAGUUGAUCCCAACUUGGACGCACAAAGCAAUGCCAAGAACAUCCGGGCAUUGUUUGAAUUCGAUAGCAUUGGUGAAUACGGAGCACCGAACACAGUACUCGAAUGCACUGGAGUCGAAAGCAGUGUGAUCACUGCUGCGUAUACCAUUGACCUCAAAUUUAUCAACCGAUACCGUGAUACCUGGCCUGCUGGCUUGCAAUGCUUAGCUGGUGGUAUUCUAGAUCUCAAGCCCCUUGUCAGCCACACAUAUCCACUCGAGAAAGCGGUGGAUGCACUACACAUAUGUAGUGAUCUGAGCAACGGAAGCAUCAAAGUACAGAUUGUCGAUGAGCGUGAUGAUGUGCUAUAG